AUUUGUAGGUUUUCUGAACUGCAAAUGAUGACAGAUGCCAUAAAACCGGAUAAAACUAUAAAUAUAUCGAUCUAAUAUAAUAGUCGACACUUGCAAGUUGUAGUUUACAUUUUCAAGUAUCGACAUUUUAAUGAGAAUGGGCAUGAAACUUGUUUUCAUCAUAUUUAUGCUUACUGCAGUGUUACUGGAAGCAAAACUGAAUCUCUGGGAAAACUUAGCAUUUUCUCAGAAAGUAAUAUUCAACUAUCUGUUUCCUAAGGAUCCCGGUAUAGUAAGAGUAAGGAAGCCAGAACAAAUUCAAACAGCGAACAAUGUAACUACAUUGGAUUUUGUCGGAUUGGUAAAGAAAUAUGGUUACCCCACCGAAGAACAUUACGUCACAACGGAAGAUGGUUAUAUCUUGGUAAUACAUAGGAUAUUAAGAAGUCUACUGUCUAAAGGUUAUCAAAGAAAAAAAAUUGUGUUUCUUCAACAUGGUAUUAUAUGUUCAUCUGACUGUUGGGUGAUGAUCGGUGCUGAGAAAGACCUUGCGUUCUUAUUGGCUGAUGAAGGAUAUGAUGUAUGGCUUGGAAAUUUCAGGGGAACUUCUUAUUGCAGAUCACAUACAAAAAUAUCUCCAAGAAAUAAGGAAUUUUGGCAAUUUAGUUAUCACGAGAUGGGAACGAGAGAUCUGCCAGCUAUGAUUGAUUACGUACUUAGUUACACAAAACAACAAACUCUGCACUACAUUGGUCACUCGAUGGGAACUACCACGUUAUUCAUUUUGCUAUCCAUGAAGCCCGAAUACAAUGCAAAAAUAAAAUUAGGAAUCUGCCUUGCUCCGAUUGCUAUUUGGAAAGAAAAAAUUCCUUUACCGGAAUAUAUUUUUAAUAAAAUACCAAAAAUUACGGAAUUUCUUUAUUCUAAUGAAAUAUAUGAAGUGGCCUCCUUAUCAUCAACGAGUGUCACGGUGGGAAGAACACUAUGUACAGAUAAGGCAAUUACUCAGACUGUCUGCGUUGCAAUAAUAUUUCUAAUCGCCGGAUCUGAUCCAGCGCAAUUUAACACUACGGCAUUACCGGAAAUAUUAUCGAAUUAUCCGAACGGCGCUUCCGUGCGAACAUUCGAACAUUAUAUCCAAAAUAUGAUUACAAAGAAAUUUCAAACUUACGAUUAUGGAUAUGCUGGCAAUUACAAACAAUAUGGACAAAUAUCACCUCUAACGUAUGAUCUUAAAAAAGUUACUACUCCCUUAGCUAUAUUCUACGGUGCUAACGAUAUGAUUGCUUUAAAACUGAAUGUCCUCGAAACAUAUAGGCACCUGCCGAAUGUAAUUCUGUUGGAGGAAAAUCAACAUAAAUUGUUUACCCAUUUGGAUUUUUUAUGGGCCAUUGAUGUUAAAACCCUACUAUAUGAUCGUUUAAUAGAACUACUUCAGGAAUUUGAUAAUCAGGUGUGGACAAUCGAUGAUAAAUUAAUCUACGUCUAAUACUUUCUUGUUAAAAACAUUUUAUUUAUUUAC